GCACAUCGUCUCAUUUUUAAGUAAUAUUUUACCGCUUCUUCCUGCAUUGUUAUGACGUCCGCCGAUUAGUCGAAUAUGAUGGUGUUCACGUUAAUUUUUUGUUUCGCGAUUUUCGCGCCUGUAACGCGAUCGGAAGUUGCGGGGACGAAAAAUGUCACUCAUAAAACUACCGAAAAAAAUAGUGAACCUAAUGUGACCAGCUUGGCCAGUCAACUUAACUUUUACAACCCCGAGUUACUCACGGCGCGAUGGGGGAUCGUUUCCGAAUUGAUCAGCAGGGAAUGCCAGCACGACAUCGAACAAUAUAUAGCUGCACUGAGAAAUGGAGAGAAAUGGGCACUGAAAAUGGAUGAUGCUAGUGGAAGAUAUUCAACGGGGUGGUUUUGGGGAAAUCACUUUUGGACAGGUUCUAAGGGUCUCUGUGAGACAAUUAACCCGUCAAAAAAAUCCAUUAGGGUUAAAAGGCAGGUGACAAAUACGUCUAGGAAUGAACGUUCAGCCUCUACCACCCCUAUAAGUCCUAGCCAAGCGGAAGGUUAUGGUCCAGGAUCAUUAGACGACGAUCCUGCGCCUUUUCCUGUUUCGUUUAAUGUUUUAAGAAUCCGUUUAAAAUCAAACUUGACAGAACAGGGUAAACUUCUGCAUUUUGGGAUGUGUUUACCAUUUACAUGUAAACAGAAAGAUAUCCACUUUAUUUUGGAAGAAACUGCAAGAGGUUUUAAAAAGGCCACAUUGAAUGUCGAAAGUAUCCGAUCUCAACAUCACGAUUUCAACGUAUGGCAAGAUACAACAUUUAUUAUUCUCUGCAUUGUGACUUCUUUGGUGAUAAUGAUGGUAAUUUGUGGAACAUUGUACGACGUUAGGAUCCAAAAAGAAAAACAAAAGCUCAACUCCCUACACCCUACAUGUAUUCCUUUCAAUAAUAAUAAUAAUAACGUAUCAGAGGUAACAACGAAGCUUGACAUCGGCUUGACGGAGGAAAAAAUUGGAAGAAAAGACUCGCUUGGAAAUACCGAAAGUGAUAAUUUUGCAUCCCCUUCACAAGACACAGGAAUCGAAAACGUUAAGCCCAAAACGUUCACCCGAAAAGGAUUUUUCGUUUGGUUGGCGAAAAAGAUAAUAUUAUCGUUUUCCUUAAGAACAAAUAUAAAGUCAAUAUGUGACCAACGUGUUGGUAGCGACACAAUAGCAGUCAUCCAUGGAUUAAAAUCAAUCAGCAUGGCUUGGGUAAUACUUGGACACACCUGCAUCAUAGCUUUUAAGUUCUCAGAUAAUAUGGAAUAUCGAAAAAUCGUUCAAAAGGAGUUUCUUUUUCAAACCAUAUCGAAUGGAGCGUUUAGCGUGGACACCUUCUUCUUUACAAGCGGUUUAUUAGUUUCAUUCCUGUACUUCAGAAGUAACGCCAAAGGGAAGUUGGAAUCGCCCUACAUAAAAUACAAGGGACUAACGAAAGGGCUUAUAAGAUUCGUCGGCCUGAUUGUGUACAGAUUUGCGAGAUUAAGUGCUCCGUAUUUAUUUGUUCUGGGAGUUGUAGAGGUGUGCAUGAAAUGGUUUCAUUACAAUUCUAUCUUCGAACCGGCGGCUUUGGAUCACGAAAAUUGCCCAAAAUAUUGGUGGAGAAACAUCCUCUACAUAAACACUUUAUUCCCAACCGAACAAAUGUGCAUGCUGUGGAGUUGGUACAUUUCAGAUGACACACAGUUUUAUAUCGUGGGAGCAGUGAUACUCAUUCUGGCAAGCAGCCAUUUCAAGAGCGCCUCAAUAUUGCUAGUUGUAUUUAUGCUCAGUUCCUGGACCACGACCGGCUAUAUUGCAUACACUAAUAAGCACAUUCCAGGCACCGACGACCCUUUGGCUCAUUUCGAUAAAAUCUAUGAUAAGCCUUGGACACGUUUAGGACCGUAUCUCGUUGGAAUGUGCGUCGGUUGGAUUUUAUUCAAGACAGAUUGCAAAAUCCGAAUGACAAAAUUGGCAGUUAGUGUCGGGUGGCUGGUUUCUACGGCAUGUCUAGUGUCUUUAGUGUAUGGUCUCUAUGAAGUGGAUCUGACACCAGCAGCGGCAGCCGCUUACAGUGCAUUAAGUCAUACAGCGUGGGCUCUUGGACUCGCCUGGAUCGUUAUUGCAUGUACAACAGGAUAUGGAGGUUAUGUCAAUUCAAUUUUGUCAGCGAGUAUUCUAUACCCUCUCAGCAGAGUGACAUACUGUACAUAUCUACUACAUCCCAUUAUCAUACGGACAAUGGCGAUGACCAUGGACCAUCCUCUACAUUUAGGAAAAGCCGUGAUGAUUGCAAUCUACAUAGGUCAAGUGGUAGCCUCGUUUUCAUUGGCUUUCGUAAUUUCUAUAACGUUUGAAGCACCAGUUGUUUCAAUGCUUAGAAUUUUGCCCAAAUUUUCAACUCACUCCCAUAACCAAAGAAACCCCUGAUUUUAUUAAUAUUUACAAUAAGUUGUUACUAUUUUAAAUGUACAUACCUAAUAGCUCGGGCAUAUGUUUGACACAAUUUAUGUCAUUGAUUGAAUCAUGGGAUACCCUUAUCGAUUGUUUGUAUAAUGUGAUAACUUCUAUUUUUUCUGUAUAAUUAAGUGACCACAAGAAUUGUGAUUAAAAUAAUGUUUAUGUUAUAAUUUGUUACUUAAUGUACUUACAAUUAAAUUAAGACAGUUACUAAAACAUGAAACCAAAUU